UGUUAAGUGAUUAAAUAAAUAAAAUUUCGAACUUGAAAAAAAACUCCUUCCAAUUUCCCAUUUGAUGGUUCUUAAAGAUUAAUGGUUUUCUUGUGGUUGGAUAGAAAAGAAAAGGAACUUUGAGAUUUGAAAUUGUAGGUGGGAGUGUGCGUAAUAAAAGAUGAAAGUAAGGAUGGAACGGAGAAGACAAACAAAUUUGCUUCGUUACCGCUAAGUAAUAUUGGGGCCUUAUCACCGGUAUUUGCCUUUUGAUGACCACACUUUUGUGCAAAUAAAUUUCAAAGUUGAGUGACUCUUUUAUGGUCGGCACUUCUACGAACGAUUCGGCGAUUUACUGCUAGAUUUUUAUCAAGAAAAAUGUUUACAAAAAUUAAAUUCUUGAGUUUAUGGUUGUUUUGCUCAUACGUCGUCUUUUGCAAAGAAGAUAGCAAAGUCAACGAUGAAAAUCGACCCUAUGAGUUUGGAUUUUCCAUCGAUGGGCAACAACAUCGCCAUGAAAGAAGAGAUGCAAACGGAAUCAUCCAAGGAGAAUUCGGGUUUAUAACCGCCGAUGGAAUUUAUCACGUAACGGUGUACGCCACCGAUGAAAAUGGUCGAUUCAAAAUUUUGAGUAUGAGAAAUGUUAGGAUUAGUGGGCCUCUUGAUGGGUCUCAAGCUGGAUCUUACACAACAAAGCCGCUUCCGAUUGGGGAAUCUUUUAGCACAUCAUCUCCAGCAAAUAUUAAUAAGAAUCAAAAGGAAGUUUUUACUUCAACUACCUCAAUUCCUAAACCAACGCAAGUUCAAAACGUUCAAAAUGUGCAAAUUGCUAAUUUAGGUGCGGUAACUAAACGUCCAGAUCUUGUUAAUCCAAAUAUUCAGAGUAGUAAGCAACCAAUUGUGUUUACAACCCAAGCAACUAUUAAACCAGCUUGUGCUGGGUGUGGUUAUGUCACGAAAAGUUCAUCGACUACACCAAAAAGUGUCAAUAUACCAAGUGGAGGUAUUAAUGUUGGUCCAAAUCAAAAUGUGCCACAAAAUCUUAAUUAUCCAUCUGGAGGAACUAAUCAAGGGAAUCAAAUAUAUCAAACUCAAGGAUUACUCUCAUCAACUCAAGGUGGAAUUGAUCAAAAUGCACCAAAUAUCCAAAAUACAGGUAGUUUAGGUUCAGCGCCAUUUAGUGGUCAAAAACCUAUCGUUCAAAAUGCACCGCAAACAUCGCAAAAUCAAGGUUCUUUAGGAUUUCACCCAUCAAGUGGAGUAACCCAACAAGGUCAAACACCUCAAGCUGUAAAUGGCCCACAAUUUAAUAUUCAAGGACCAUCAAAUCAGAAUGUUCCACAAACUUCACUUCCCGGUGGAAUAAAUCAAGGUCAAGUUCAAACAUCGCAAACUCUUAAUGCCCAAGGAGUUCAAGGGAUAACAAAUCAAAAUUAUCCUUUCGCUGGAAUAAAUCAAGGUCAAGUUCAAACACCACAAACUCUUAAUGCUCAAGGAGUCCAAGAGGCAAAUAAUCAAAAUUAUCCUUCCACUGGAAUAAAUCAAGGUCAAGUUCAAACAUCGCAAACUCUAAAUGCGCAAGGAGUUCAAGGAGCAACAAAUCAAAAUUAUCCUACUGCUGGUAUAAAUCAAGGUCAAGUUCAAACAUCGCAAACUCUAAAUGUCCAAGGAGUUCAAGGGGCAACAAAUCAAAAUUAUCCUUCUGUUGGACUAAGUCAAGGUCAAGUUCAAACAUCACAAACUUUUAAUGCCCAAGGAGUUCAAGGAACAACAAAUCAAAAUUAUCCUUCUGGAAUAACUCAAGGUCAAAGUCCGAUAUCUCAAGUUACUGAUGGUCAAUCAAUAAAUCUCCAAAAACCUAACAAUCAAAAUGUACCACAAAAUAUAAAUUAUCCUAAUACACAAACCCAACCAGGUCAAAACUCUGGUUACAAAGGCAAUAAAAAUAUUUUAGGACUAACAACCGAAAGUGGUUCGAUUCAAAUAACUCCAACAAAAAAUACCCCAUCAGAAAUACUCUCUCACGGAAUCAUGAAUCAAAAUACUCAAAACCCUAUUUUGCCAAAUCUUCAAACCACUCAACCUCAAUCAAAACCCCAUAGUAUUGUAGAUGAUAUAAAAAUAGAAAAUAAUUCUAUAUUGGUACCUAAUAAUCCGCCGAUUCCGAUUGAGGAUAAAUACCCUGGGAUGAAAGACGGGCUUCCUGAUGGAAUAUCUACUGGGGAUAUCUCCGAUUUGUUAUAUAAGUUUAAUUAUACUAUUGGGUUCCAUGGGCAUUACGAAAUGGGGUGGAGAAAUGGUACUAAAGUCGGGGGAUAUUUUGUGAAUGGACGUGAUGGAAUUAGUAGGAUUGUGACUUAUGUUGCUGAUGAAUUUGGGUAUCGACCGAAAGUGAGGUUAAUCAAUUUAGGGUAUGAUUCGAUUUUAACCCCGAAGGAAGAAACUGAAAAGAGUUUUGGUUUGCAAAGUUUCGAAUUUGUGUGGUAUCCGUUGAAAUGAUAUUUUUGUUAUUGUUGAUUUAAAUAGACGAGUUUAAUGUU